GUAGCAUUCAGCUGGAAAUUUUACACAUACUCGUCUGAAUAGCUCCUUAAAGUGGCGAGAAUGUAGUUAGGAUUGUGUGUCUUUGUGUCUUCUCCCUCUGCGCUUUGCUUCGAGCGCUUUACAUGCGGACUGUCAUUCAGAAACACUACAGACACACUGUGGGCGCUCACGUGUUUGACCCAGCUUGUGAAUUUUAUAUUUUUUCUACUUUUAUUCACACUUUUUUUCCCCCCGCUUUUAGCUUCUUUUGUGUACUUUGUCCGAGUCCAUUUCAUUUACAACUUCACUGACAGACGCGUCCAGACAUUAUUCUCGGGUUGAAUCACGGAUUAAGUCUCGAAAUCUUCAAGUCAUUGGAAAGAAGGUGCGCAUUUUUUUUUCUUUUUUUUUUCUUUCUGCGGACUAACGGCAUGGUAAACGUGCAGGUAACCAGCGGCUAACAUACUGAGGAUUUCUCAUCACUGCUGGGAAUUGUACAAUCAGACAAUUUGUCUUUAUUAGUUAAAGAAAAUGGAGCUUUUCUGGAUUUGCCUGUUGAUGGAGAUGGUCCUGAUGUCCACAGCUGUCAGGGGUCCCCCCAGGGUGUCAGAGCGGGUGAACCAUCGUCAGAGCGUCCGCCUGGGUCGCACUGUGAAGCUGCCAUGCCCGGUGGAGGGCGACCCCCCACCCCUCAUCAUGUGGACCAAAGAUGGCCGCAACAUCCACAGUGGCUGGACACGGUUCAAGGUGUUACAGCACGCUCUACGUAUUAAAGAAGUGGAGGUGGAUGAUGCAGGGACUUACAUCUGUAAGGCUACCAAUGGGUUUGGCAGCGUAAACAUCAACUACACACUCAUUGUAAUAGAUGAUUCCAGUUCAAGAAAUGGAGCAGGGACAGCCACCGGUGACUCUGAACACACCCCAGAGCUGGCAGGGAAACUGGUUCGUCCACGUUUUACCCAGCCGGCAAAGAUGAGGAAACGUGUCAUUGCACGCCCAGUAGGCAGCUCUGUGCGCCUGAAGUGCACGGCAAGCGGUAACCCUCGCCCCGACAUCGUCUGGCUGAAGGACGACAGGCCACUGAUGGAUGAGGAUGGUGGAGCAGUAUCAGGAGGAGAAGGGAAGAAGAAGAGGUGGACUCUGAGUCUGAAGAACCUGAUGCCGGAGCACAGCGGGAAGUACACCUGCCACGUCUUCAACAGAGCAGGAGAGAUCAACGCCACCUACAAAGUGGAAGUCAUACAGCGCACCAGCUCCAAACCCAUCCUGACCGGUACUCACCCCGUUAACACCACUGUGGACUACGGAGGAACCACGUCUUUCCAGUGUAAAGUUCGCAGUGAUGUCAAGCCGGUUAUCCAGUGGCUUAAAAGAGUAGAACCUGGCGACGAGAACAAAUUUAACUCCACCAUAGAGGUGGGAGACCAUCGCUUCGUGGUCCUGCCUACAGGAGAGGUUUGGUUUCGUCCUGAUGGAGCCUACCUCAACAAGCUGCUGAUAACCAGAGCCAAGGAGGAAGAUGCUGGCAUGUACAUCUGCCUGGGAGCCAAUACUAUGGGCUACAGCUUCAGGAGUGCCUACCUCACUGUGCUGCCAGAUCGGAAGCUUCAACCCAACCCUGUCCCCACAGCAACGUCCUCGAGCCUCCCCUGGCCCGUCAUUAUCGGAAUACCAGCAGGUGUCGCCUUCAUCUUAGGCACUGCCCUCCUCUGGUUCUGCCAGUCAAAGCGCACCUGCUCCUCGUCUUCUUCUUCUUCCUCUUCUUCUUCAUCCUCCUCUGCUCUCCCCGCCGCUCAGCGUCUGCCUGCGGCCAAUCGCGACCGAGCCUGUCCGACGGUCCCUCCUCAGCCAGCCAACGGGGACAAAGAUUGUCUUUCUUAUGAGGAUUACAUUGCCCAUCAGCAGCUGCUCCUGUCUCAGGGAGGCACCGGAUUGGCUCCCAAGGUCUACCCAAAGAUCUACACGGACAUACACACACACACGCACUCGCACGUGGACGGCAAAGUGCACCAGCAUCAGCACAUUCACUACCAGUGUUAG